CAUGUUAGCAGCUGCGGUCCUCGCGCUGCGUUAUGAAUCAUAUGACUACAAGAAUUCACAAACUUCCUGUUCGACAGCUCAAGUGAAAGCAAGAAACCCGAGUCUCUUAUUAAAGCGAAUGACCCCCAGAAAAGCGUCUUGCUGGAGACAAUGUGCAUAAACUCUAGAGAAUGGAGGAGUUGAUAGGAGACAGGAGAGUUGAGGACGAAAGGAGUUGGAUAAAAACACCAUCUAAUGUCCAAACCAACUACCAAGAAAAUGACGUGCCCAUACCCACAGAUCAGACGCCAUGUUUCGUGUACACCCUGGCUUUCUUCUCGGCUCUGGGUGGAUUCCUGUUUGGCUAUGACACAGGAGUGGUGUCUGGAGCCAUGCUUCUGCUGAAGAGAGAGAUGAACCUGAGCUCUCUGUGGCAGGAGCUUCUGGUCUCCAUCACUGUUGGCGCCGCCGCUGUUUCCGCUCUGGCUGGAGGGUUUCUCAACGGGCUUUUCGGACGGAGAAUCUGCAUUCUGCUCGCUAGCUUCAUCUUCUCCGCUGGAGGCGUCAUCCUGAGUCUCGCACACAGCAAAGAGGUUCUUCUGUGUGGAAGGCUCACGGUUGGCCUUGGCAUAGGAAUUGCAUCCAUGACUGUGCCCGUGUACAUCGCUGAGGUGUCCCCUUCUCAUCUCCGAGGUCAGCUGGUCACCAUUAAUACUCUGUUUAUCACUGGUGGGCAGUUCGUAGCCAGCGUGGUGGACGGGCUCUUUAGCUACCUGCCCCAUGAUGGCUGGAGAUAUAUGUUGGGUUUGUCUGUUGUUCCCGCCGUCCUGCAGUUCACAGGAUUCCUCUUCCUCCCCGAGAGUCCUCGCUGGCUCCUGCAGAACGGAGAGACCCAGAAGGCUCGGCUGGUGCUCGGGCGGAUCCGCGGAGGAGCAAAUGUGGAGGAAGAGUAUGAGAGCAUACGGAGGAGCAUUGAGGAGGAGAGGAGUGAAUCUUCUGGUGGUCCGGUGUUGUGGCGAAUCCUAACGUACGCUCCGACACGUCGAGCUCUCAUCGUGGGAUGUGGCCUACAGAUGUUCCAGCAGCUCUCGGGGAUCAACACCGUCAUGUACUACAGUGCCACCAUUAUUCAGAUGUCUGGCGUGCGGGACGAUCACAUGGCCAUCUGGCUGGCGGCCGCCACGGCCUUCACCAACUUCAUGUUUACUCUGCUGGGCGUUUGGCUCGUGGAGAGGGUGGGCCGCAGGAAGCUGACUCUAGGAAGCAUACUAGGAACUGCUGUAAGUCUGAUGGUUCUCGCUGCUGGGUUUCUGCUGUCGGCUCAGGCGUCUCCACCCGUGACCUUUCACCCUACUGACUCCCUCCACAACUCCACAUGCAUUCAUUAUGGGUUCUGUGAAUCCUGCAUGCUGGAUCCAGCUUGUGGUUUCUGUUACGGUGUGAACGGCACGUCAGUGGUCGAGUCCUCGUGUGUGUCUGUGUCUCCGGCCAACACUGAGACCUCUGCAGUGGGCAGGUGUUCUAACGGCACACAGGAGAGCGCAGGGUUAUUCUGGGCCUAUAACUACUGCCCGACGUCCUACUCCUGGAUCGUUCUGCUGGGCCUCGUCCUGUAUCUGGCCUUCUUUGCCCCGGGAAUGGGUCCGAUGCCCUGGACGGUGAACUCUGAGAUCUACCCGCUGUGGGCUCGCAGUACUGGGAACGCCUGCUCUGCCGGGGUCAACUGGAUCUGCAACGUCCUUGUGUCUCUGACCUUUCUCCAUGUGGCCCAGUACCUCACGUACUACGGCGCGUUCUUCCUGUACUGCAGUCUGGCUGUGCUGGGCUUUGUGUUUGUGCUGGGCUGUCUGCCGGAGACCAAGGGUCUGCGCCUGGAGGAGAUCGAGUCUCGGUUCGCUCGGCGACUCUGCAGCUGUGGAGCCAGCGGGGGUCAGGGCGGGCACUACAUCAGGAGCCGACUGCACCUUGGAGCGCUGCAUUACUCCACACUGGAACCAGAGGGCAGAGUUUCCUACAUAUCAGUGAGUACCAGCAAACGUUUUCCACACUCCACAUAAUAUUACAGACAAUAUUUGUAUGCAUUAUAUUGUUAUGCAUUAUGCAUUUGUAGUUAUUAUUAUUAUUAACUGGGGAACGAAUAAAAAAACGACUCAGUGGUAAUUAGAAGACGUUAGCAGAGAUGAAUUAUUGUCAAAAGAACUGUUGUUAUUCUUCAUCACUGUUUCUCUGCUAUAGUUGCAGUAAUGAAGCCUUUGCAUGUGGACUUGAAGAUUCAUGGUUUGGAAAUAAUCAAACUUAUGUGUCAUAUUUCAUUUCUGAUGCAGAUUCUGUACUUAUUUCUGAGUGAGUUUUGAUAUGUGUCUUUCUCUCUGGUGUUCUCACUACUUAGAUUAGUUCCUGAUGUGACUCUAUGAAGAUAACUGUGCAAUGCUGUAUUUGUUCAUUUUUAAGGGGGUCAUGUUAGUCUGUAACUCAGCAGGCCUCUGUCUCGGCUCCGUCAGCCUGAAACCUGUUCAGUCGUGACCCCCCGUGACCCCUGUUCCCCCCAUUUAGCCCUGAGCGAGAUCCACUGCCCUCUGUUUCACUGACUUUCAUACAAAAUAAUGUGUGAAUAUCAAAUCUGUUGGUAUUUUCACGCCUCUGGGCCACAGGAAAGUGAAUGUAAUAUAAUCUACACACAAUAAACGUGGAAAUGAUUCUUCAUGCUCCCCCCACCCAUUCUUUAACAAUUUGAGUCUUGAUAUUGUCAUCCUGGAAUAUGGCAAUGGUGUGUCUUUUUUAUACAUGGUUGUUUCAGAAAUGAAAUCUAGAGCUGUUGCCAAACAUAAUAAUCAGAGCAAUAAAAUGAUCCAAUCAUAGACUCUUAAGAAUUGGCCUAUUUGAAUCUGAACAGCGACUCUUUUUCUCUUUUGGUCAGGCAGGGUAUGUUCUGUAAUCUGUAUCCCAAUGUAAGAUUUAAAUAAAAGUGUUGAUUGUCAACCUCAGGAGAUCAAACUGAA